CUCCCAUGCGGCGGGGCGGCGAUAGGGCAGCUGGCUGUCAAUCGCGGGACGUCACGGCGCCGGGAGCGGCAUGAGCGGGCAGGCAGAGGUUAAGGUGAAAAUACCUUUUGGAAACAAAUACCUUGAUGCUAUCUUUUCUGUCCCAGAGAACAAACCAACGUAUGGAGUGAUUCUUACCCAUGGAGCUGGAGGAGAUAUGAAUUUCCCUCACUUAGUGACUUUGGCAGCCUGUCUUGCAUCCCAUGGAGUUCUAUGCCUGCGGUUCACUUGUAAAGGCCUUAAUAUUGCUUACAGGGCUAAGGCCUUCAAAACCGUUGUGGAAUACUUGAAGCUUUAUGAUGAUUAUAAACUUUCGGGUAUCUUCCUUGCAGGCCGUUCCAUGGGCUCACGAGCUGCUGCCUCUGUGAUACGUCAGCUUAGCCAGGAUGAUGAUGAUGAUGACUUCAUUCAAGGUCUAGUAUGUUUAUCUUACCCAUUGCAUCGACCAAAACUUCAGUCCAAGCUCCGGGAUGAAGAUUUAUUAUUUAUCAGGUGUCCAGUGCUGUUUAUCUCAGGAUCAGCAGAUGAGAUGUGUGAAAAACAAUUGCUAGAAGAUGUGGCAAGCAAAAUGAAAGCCCCUAAAAAAAUCCAUUGGGUUGAUAAAGCAAACCAUGGGAUGGUAGUCAAAGGACGAACAACAGACGAUGUCAUGGAAGAAAUAAAUGCCCAAGUUUUUUCUUGGCUUAGAGAUAAUAUCAAACUACAGCACAAGUAAUUUGCAGGUUUAAGCUGCAUCUAGCUUUUCCUAAACGUGGCAAAUUAGUUUGUUAUUUCUGAGAAGUCUGUUUAUUAAAAUGGGUAUUUUCAGAGGUCUGAGUGUGUAAAUGUAAAUAAAACUUUUUUGUAUGAAUGAAAAAAUGAUGCAAAAUAAAUAACUUUUUAAAGGAA